UAAAUGCUGAAGACACAUUUAAGUUGAAGGCAUUCAGUUGUACAACUGACUAGGUACCCCCCUUUCCUCAUUUUACGUACGCUCUGGAGCUGAGUGGACCAGGACAACUGCCCCAUUGCCAACAUGAUAAAUGUCCACAGGGGCAACGUCCUAAACAGUAGCCUGCAUGCGUUUCAAAACAAAAACUUUAAUGCAUGAGGCUAAGAUGGACGUUGUCUUUGUGGACGCUGAGUCCAAGGUGGAGGGGGCAGUUGACCAAUGGGGUCCCUCCAGGGAGUAUUACAUCUCCUCGUGAGGGACAUCAGAGGAUCGGCCAUCUUUGAGGGUCCGGAAGGAACUAAACGUAUGUUGCUUGAUGUCCAUGGUAAGCCUUCUCGUUUCUUUUUACCCGUAUUAAGGUCUGAUUUUCAUUGUCAAAUACAGAAUUUUAGCCAAAACAUUUUGUGAAGAGGCUUUUUCAAGUGCUUUGUCCAGGGCAAUAUAUCAUAGGGAUAGUAAAGCUGGCACACAUUUGAAAUAAUAUUUUUAGCAUCACAUGAGGGCCUGUAUGGAACCAUUGGGAAAAUGAUCAGUGUGUGUGUGGUCCUUGGAGGGGUUGGGCCUCUUCUCUGAGCGACUCUUCGCAGCAGCGUGUGGGCGCCUGCUCCCCCACUCAGUCUGGAGGAGGUGAGCCACACUACUCUGAAAGCAUAUUGGAAAAUAUAAAAAAAAGCAGAGGACCUAUCCGAGGUGAAGAACAAAUUGGAGGAAUCGGUAGACUUGCUGAGCCUACUGGGGCUGAAAAGGAGUGUUGUCAAGACAAUGGAGGACAGGGAUGGUGUGAUUGAAUUGGUGGCUCAACAAUUUGUCCGAGGGAGCAUGCAGGUGGCCUUGGAGCAGUUCAUACAUGGUCUCAACUCUCUUGGGCUGCUGGAGGCAUUGGGGAACGACUCGGACAGCUUCCGAGUACUCUUUGUUGACCCCAUAAAGCCUCUCACUGCCAAGGACCUGAUGGACCUGUUUAAAGUAACCUAUUCCAUACCUGGCGGCAACCGGCGGUGGUUGGAGAACGACACCAUCUGCCACUGGUUCAACUGGCUGGCUGAGGUGCAAGAUGGAGAAUGUCCUCCUCUAACAGUGAUGAUGGUGUUGGAGUUUACUACUGGGGCAACGGGGCCACCCCUGGGGUUUGAGGUCACCCCGACAAUCGAAUUCCUCCACACAGCGCGAGGGCGUCUCGCUGGGCAGCAGAAGAAAAAGUACCCAGAGGCAAACAUGUGUGCUGUCACACUAAGGCUCCCUCUUCAUAGCACCUACAAUGCCUUUAGGGAAUUCAUGACCUCCGGUAUUGUGAAUUCCCCACAUUUCGAUGUUGCAUAAAAACAUUUUUAUGAUACCGAAUGUAUAGAAUUGUAUCCAGUAGCACUACACUAACAAUUGAGUGUUUCAAAAUGUAACUGCACAUCAACAUUUUAAGCAUUUAUCUACUGAUAGGUUUGGAUUUCUGAGCUUUAUCUGGGAUUAAUCAUUAGUUAUAGGAUUAAUCAUUAGUUAUAUGAUUAAUCAUUCGUUAUAGGAUUAAUCAAUAGUUAUAGGAUUUAUCAUUAGUUAUUGGAUUAGGCUUCCUGCUUUUCUCAGGUUUUUGCCUGCCUUAUGAGUUCUGUUAUACUCACAGACAUCAUUCAAACUGUUUUAGAAACUUCAGAGUGUUUUCUACCCAGAUCUACUAAUGAUAUGCAUAUAUUAGCAACUGGGCCUGAGUAGCAGACAGUUUACUCUGGGCACCUUAUUCAUCCAAGCUACUCAAUACUGCCCCCAGCCAUAACAGGUUAUAGGAAUAAUCAUUAGUUAUAGGAUUAGGCUUCCUGCCUAGCAAUAACAUGCUAUGUUUAGCAAUAAGGAGGAGACUCCACCCAAAGUGGGGUAUGUAUACUACCACAGGUGAAACCAUGUCUUGGUCUGUUCAGCUGUUCGAUCCUUUGGGAUGAAUAAACUUGGUUUAAG